GCUCGCCCGCCCCCGAACACUAUGGAUUUUACCGGCGAAGAACCGCCAAAACGGCAGAAAAGAAGAUACAAGCGUUUCUUGGAUCCAGCUUAUCAAGAACAUGAUGUAUCUGCCAAAACACAUGAUUUGUGGGUGAAGAGAUCAGCAUCGCGGCAAAUGAAUACAACAAACAGUCCGAGUGGAAGUAUAGAAAAUCCAGAAGAGGCGAGCGAAUCCAAUGUGGCAGAUAAUGAUGACACUUCAUUGGAAUCAGGCUCGUUGGUUAAUGCUACAUCAAGCGACCGCGACGACAUGGACGUCGAUGUAGGUCUACACGACAGUAGAAGUAUUUCGAAUGCAUCCGAAAGCAGUUCUAUAUCUGACGGUGAAAAUAAUGUGGAUACUUCCGAGGAAUCCGAGGACGAGGAUAUUCUACAUGACAGGAAUAACUGCGACGACGAUCCGAUAAUGUUCGAAGUUUCUCAACUGAAAGAGUCUGAAGUUAUGGAAAUGAUUACAGGGAUUUGCGGUUUAAUACGCCUUAUGAAAGGCUAUUAAUUAAGAAAGGCUAUUGUUGACUUCACAAAAUGUCUUGCAGGACCGGGCUACACGAAUUGGCAGAUAACAAAAUAUAAUGUUAAGAAAAAGUAUGAUCCACCUGAAACUGUAAUAAGUUAUACAUUUUUUUGCUCAGCAUGCAAAUGUCCUUUAUUAAGACCAGUGCAGAAUAAGGAAUUCGCAAACGAAACUGCAAUCUGCCGAAAGUGUAACCAACAGAACCAUUUAUCUAUGCGAUCGGAAAACAAAUUUGUGUAUAUAGUUUUAGAAUUCCAGUUGAAAUCAUUAUUGACGAAUACACACAUCGAGGAAAGUAUAAUGAAAUUUAUACACCAGCGCAAUGCCCGUCAAAAUGCUGAUUAUAAUGGCGGAUCAAUAAGCGAUAUAUCGGACAGCGAGCUGUAUAGACAGUUGAAUACGAAAUAUUCCAACGAAGGAUAUUAUCAUGAGUACCUUCUCACGUACAACUUCAAUACAGAUGGUAUGCUGAUUUUCAACAGUUCGAAACGAAGUUGUUGGCCGAUUCUAUUGUAUGUCAAUGAACUUCCCCCAAAAGAACGAUUCAAGCAUGUUCUCUUAGGGCCAAAGCACAUAUGACAGUCGUAGUC